GCGGCGGCGGCAGGGGGCCCCGUACAGUGGGUUAUACGACCUGGCCCUCCCAUUGAGAGCGCGUACAAGCUUGGCAAGGUGCUCGGACAAGGUAGCUUUGGUGUGGUUCGCGCUGCCACUCAUAUCGCCACGGGCGCCGAAGUGGCCGUGAAGACUAUCCGUAAGUCGCUUCUCAGAGCAGCUGACAUCACCGCUCUGCGUCGAGAAGUCGAGAUCUUGCACCACUUGGCUGGGCACCCGCACAUCUCCCAGCUGCUUGGCGUGUACGAAGAGCCACGGCAACUGCAUCUCGUAUUGGAGCUGUACAAGGGCGGGGAUCUGUUCGACGCUAUCAUAGGUAGCGGCCGCCACUCCGAACGAACCGCCGCCGAUGUCCUCCGUACGGUGCUCAAGGCCCUCGCCUACUGCCACAGUAUGGGCGUGGCCCACCGAAUCCCCCGGGCAAUGACUCUGGUCGGCAUCGGCUCCAGGCUUAAAUUGAUUGACUUUGGAUUGUCCACCUUUUGCACCGAUGACACGCCGUUGACCGACGUCGUGGGCACGUCGUACUACGUGGCCCCCGAGGUCUUGGAGGGCCGUUACAGCCUGCCUGCAGAUGUAUGGUCUGUCGGAGUUAUCUUGCACAUCAUGCUCACUGGCUAUGCACCAUUCGACGGCAGGGAUGAUCGGGAGAUUCUUCGAGCCGUACGGAAGGGCAACCUGGACUUGACGAAAGAUCCCGUUUGGAAAAGUAUCAGCUCUGAAGCCAUUGCCGUACUCAUGGCCAUGCUGGAACGCGAUCCAAAAAAACGAGCCACUGCCGAUCAGGUCCUUUCCAUGCCAUGGCUCGGCCGUACAGCCGAUAUUUGCGCGGCGCCCACCACACAGUUACCGGGCGUGGUCUCGGAGCGCAUGCACCGGUUCGCGCGCAUGAGCUCCUUCAAAAAGGAGGCGCGUCGAGUGGUGGCGGGCCUUAUGCGGCCUGAGGAAGUCGCAGGGCUGGUGGCUCAGUUCCAAGGACUAGACGCGGAUCGAGACGGCCGAAUUAGCCUUGCGGAGCUGCGGUUCCUAGGAGCGGCUCUGCCAGUCGCCGCGCUGGCAAGACAGCUGGCCCUGACGAAGCAAGCGGCAAUUGCCGCGGCAGCAGCCGGGGGGGAGGGAGGUGUCCCGCGACCCACAACCAGCCUCAGCCAGCCGCCCAACGCCCUGGAGGCGGCGUUUAAGUACUUCGACACCGACGGGUCCGGGUUCAUCACGGCAGGGGAGCUUCGUAAGGCCUUGGCAACGCAUCACCCCUCUGGCAAAAGCGUUGACGUGGAGGCGGUACUCUCCCGUCACGACCGCGACGCCGACGGACGAAUCAGCUACCCCGAGUUCGUGGAUAUGCUC